UCAAACUUCAAUCGUCAGUCGUCUGAUAGAGCGGAACGGUGGAAAAAGUUUCUGAAAAUCAAUGGAAAGUCAAGAUUUCGUAGCAUUUUCCAUCUACUUCGAAUGCUUCUCUUCCUUCUAAUCCUUCUCCGGCACGGUUGUGAAUGGCUGCUUCUUCUUCUUCUUCUUCUCCUAGAUGGUCGUAUGACGUUUUUCUGAGCUUCAGAGGCGAGGACACUCGCAAGACCAUUACCAACCAUCUUUACGAAGCUCUCAGGCGACAGGGCAUUGUGGUUUUCAGAGAUGACGAUGAGCUCGAGAGAGGGAAGGCCAUUGCCGACGUGCUGAUCAAAGCGAUUGAGGAGUCACGCUCCACCAUUGUUAUUCUAUCUCAACGCUAUGCGGAUUCCAAGUGGUGCUUGAGGGAAUUGGCUAAGAUCGUCCACUGCAAGAACACAUUAGGUCAAACGGUUCUCGUGGUUUUCCACAAAAUUAAUUCCUUCGAUGUCAUCAGUCCUACUGGAAUUUAUGAAAAUUUCUUUAUUGACCACGAGAGUAACAUCAAGGAGAAUUUCGAAGAGGUUCAGAGCUGGAGGUAUGCCAUGAGAGAAGUUGGAGGGCUCUUUGGAUGGCAUGUAAAUGACGAGACCGAAACAGAGAAAGUCCAAGAAAUUGUUAAGCAUGUUUUCAAUCAUCUGCGUCCUGAUUUACUUAGCAAUGAUGAAAAUUUGGUUGGCAUGAACUUGAGGUUAAGCAGAAUAAAUAUACUUUUGGGCAUGGGGCUGGAUGAUGUGCGCUUUAUUGGGAUAUGGGGGAUGGGUGGAAUAGGCAAAACAACUAUUGCCAGAGCUCUUUACAAAAUUGUUGCCCGUGAAUUUCAUGGAAGUUGCAUUCUGCGGAAUGUUAGGCAAGCUUUAAAGAAUGUUGGAGGCUUGGUAUCCUUGCAGGAGAAACUUCUUUCCAUGACUCUAUUAAAAGGAAAAGUUCGCAUUAAAGACGGUGAUGGAGCUGCAAUGAUAAAGGAAAACCUACAAAAUCGAAAAGUUUUUGUUGUUCUUGACGAUGUUGAUCGUGUGAGCCAGGUGAAAGAACUGAUAGGAGGAGAAGAAUGUCUUGGUUUUGGAAGUAGAGUCAUCAUUACAACUAGAGAUGAAGGUUUGCUUGUUUCUCUUGGAGUUGAUAGGCGAUACAAUGUUGAGAGUUUUAAUGAUGAAGAGUCUCUUCAGCUCUUCUGUCAUGAAGCAUUUGGGGUCAAGUCUUUUAAGAAAGGUUAUUUGGAUCUUUGUAUGCAAUUUAUAAAACAUGCUGAGGGCCUCCCAUCAGAAAUUAAGGUUCUUGGGUCUUCAUUGCACGGUAGAUUGGUUCCGUCAUGGGAAGAUGCCGUAAAAAAUUUAAAUGUUUCUUUAAACAGGGAAAUCUAUGAAAACUUGAAAAUUAGUUAUGAUGCACUUGAAAUUCAAGAGAGGAGAAUGUUUUUGGAUAUUGCUUGUUUUCUUACAGGAAGGAGCAAAGACCAAGUCAUUGACACGUUCAAGAGUUUUGGAAUUGAUGCUGCUGACGGACUAAAAAUUUUGCAGGAGAAAUCCCUCGUAACCGUGCACGGUAACAAAGUACAGGUGCAUAAUUUACUGAAAAAAUUAGGUCAAGAAAUUUUUCUUGAGGAGUCGUCGGGCAAAUGCUGUAGGCUGUGGCGUCGAAAGGAUGUCAACCAUGCUUUGAGGCAUAAUCAGGGAGUAGAAGACAUUGAAUCCAUAGUCUUGGACUUGGACGAGCAUGGAGAGUCACACUUAAAUGCCAAGUUCUUUUCGACAAUGACCGGCCUGAAAGUGUUGCUUGUUCAUAAUGUGUUCCUUUCUGGAGAUCUUGAGUAUCUCUCAGAUAAGUUGAGACUUCUUAGUUGGCAUGGAUAUCCUUUAAGACAUUUACCGUCACGUUUCCAGCCGAGUGAACUAUUGGAACUCAGUUUACCGAAUAGCUGCCUUGAAAAUCUUUGGAAGGGAGCAAAGAGGUUAGAUAAAUUGAAGAUAAUAAACCUUAGUAAUUCUGAGUUCUUGAUCAAGACCCCUAAUUUGUCAAUGGUGCCAAAUCUUGAGAGGUUGGUCUUGAAUGGUUGUAUAAGACUGCAGGAGCUUCAUCAAUCUGUCGGUGCUCUGAAACAUCUCAUCUUAUUGGAUCUUAAGGAUUGCAAAUCUCUCAAAAGAAUCCCUUUUAAUAUUUGUUUCGAAUCACUAAAGAUUCUCGUUCUUUCUGGUUGUUCAAGACUUGAAAAUUUUCCAGAGAUCGUGGAAAACAUGAAACUUAUGACAGAGCUUCAUUUAGAUGGCACUGCUAUUCGAGAAUUGCAUCAGUCGAUUGGAAAACUCACUAGCCUCGAAUUGUUGGAUCUUAGACACUGCAAAAAUCUUCUUACACUCCCAGACUCGAUUGGUUGCAUGACAUCGCUUAAACAUCUUGCAUUGGGUGGCUGCUCAAAGCUUGAUCAAAUUCCAGACAGCUUGGGAAACAUUUCUUGUUUAAAGAAGCUUGAUGUGAGUGGUACUUCUAUUAGUCAUGUCCCAUUGUCUCUACGACUUCUGGCGAACCUCGAAGUAUUCAACUGCGAAGGCCUGUCCCGAAAAUUCUGCUAUUCGUUCUUCCCAUUUUGGGAUACACCAAGGAAUUAUAAUUCACAUUCAUUUGGUUUGAAGUUGAUGACUUGCCUAUCGAAUUUUCAUUCUGUAAAAGUUCUGAUUUUUAGUGAUUGCAAGCUGGUAGAUGGAGACCUACCCAACAACCUCAGCUGUCUGUCUUCAUUGCAGUUUCUGGAUCUAAGCAGGAACUUUUUCGCCAACCUGCCUAAUAGUUUGUGUCAGCUUAUCAAUCUCAGAUGCCUUGUCUUGGACAACUGCAGUAGGCUCCAGUCAUUACCGAAGCUCCCGCUCGGUUUACGUUAUGUACUUGCUAGGAAUUGUGUGUCACUGAAAGAACACUAUAACCAAGAAGAUCACAGGCCUAUAAGUGAAACAGAAGUAAUGAUUCUUAGUUACCCCACAUCAGCUGAACACCAGAACUCCAAAAUGGCUAACUUAAUGCAGUCAAAAAUAUACACAGCUUGGGAGAAUGGGCAUCCAUGUUUUUUUCUUUCUUUUCUGGAGCUGAUUAGAGCUUUCUUCCAAAGGCACAUGGCUCUUCCAAAUCCUUUAGCUUUUCUUUUCAUCUUCUUGCAUAUAGCAGCUUUCUCUGCAGAAUCUUCUUUAUUAUACAAUGGAUUUAGCCAAGGAAAAAGAUUGGUUCGCGAUGGAGCCGCAGUUGUGAUGCCAUCUGGUGCAUUGAGGCUCACCAACACUUCACAAAAUGUCAUAGGCCGUGCAUUCUACCCUGAUGCCAUUCACCUGAUUAAUAACACUUCUCUUUCAUCUUUCUCCACAACUUUUGUGUUUGCCAUUAAACCAUCCAGCCCCGGCCAUGGCGGCCACGUCUUUGCAUUCACCUUGGCUCCAUCAACCAAGUUUGAAGGUGCUGAAAGUGGGCACUUCCUUGGAUUAUUCAAUCGUUCUAAUGAUGGAAGCGUAUCCAACCAUAUAUUUGCUGUUGAAUUUGACACUGUUAAAGGACAUGAUGAGCUCAAGAACUCCAGAGGAAACGAUGUUGGGAUUAACAUCAAUGGUGUUGUAUCUGUUUCCUCCCAACAUGCUUCUUAUUCCUAUUUGAAUGAUACCAUUUUGGACCUUAUCUUGAUUGAUUCCGGUGACCCAAUUGCUGUUUGGAUUGAAUAUGAUGGUUCCAGAAAAAGUGCGAGUGUUUAUAUAGGCCUUUUGACAGAUCAAAAACCAGAGAAGCCACUCCUUUCCUGUCCCAUUGAUUUAACUCCUGUUCUAAAGGAAAAAAUGUACGUUGGCUUCGCUGCGUCGACCGGAAUCGAAACAAGCUCUCAUUACAUUCUGGGAUGGAGUUUCGCCGUGAAUGCACCGGCACGGCCGCUGAGGUACUCUCUCCUUCCCAUAGAACCAGAACGGCAGAGCCAUCCUCGUGCAUCCAAUCCCCAGUUUAUGGUUAUUGUAUUAGUUUCAUCGAUUCUGGUCAUUGUGGGAAUUGUUGUCUUAGCCUUCUUGUUUAGAAAAAUGAGGAAAGCUGAGAGCUUAGAGGACUGGGAAAAAGAUUGCCCUCACAGAUUCAGUUACAAAGACCUCUACACAGCAACAAAUGGAUUUAAAGACAGCCAGCAAAUCGGAAUCGGAGGAUUCGGGUCGGUAUAUAAAGGCUCGUUACGUUCAACUGGAGCUGAGAUUGCUGUCAAGCGAGUAAAAAGAAACUCGAGCCAAGGAUUGAAGGAAUUCGCAGCGGAAAUCGAAAGCUUGGGAAGAUUAAGACACAAGAACUUGGUUAAUCUUCAAGGAUGGUGCAAGAAAAACAACGAUCUUCUCAUAGUUUACGAUUAUAUCUCAAAUGGGAGCCUUCAUUCUCUUUUGUAUCAUCCAAUUCAAAACUUCGUUUUGAAUUGGGAGCAAAGAUUGAACAUCCUCAAAGGCAUUGCUGCAGGAUUACUAUAUCUCCAUGAAGAUUGGGAGCAAGUGGUAAUCCACCGAGAUGUAAAGCCGAGCAAUGUUCUAAUAGACGACGACAUGAAUGCUCGAUUGAGCGAUUUUGGUUUGUCGAGGCAAUACGACCACGACCAAGUAUCGCACACGACGAAAGUUGUCGGGACAAUCGGCUACAUACCGCCGGAGUUGUUUCGAACGGGGAAGGCGUCGAAGAGCGCGGAUGUGUAUGCGUAUGGAGUAGUGGUGCUGGAAGUGGCAUGUGGAAGAAAGCCUCUGGGAUCAGGGCAGUUUGUAUUGGUGGAUUGGGUGAUGAAGUUGUAUGAAACGGGUAAUGUUGUUCAUGUGGCUGAUCCGAAGUUGGGUUCGGAUUAUAAGGUGGAGGAGAUGGAGAUGGUGCUCAAACUUGGGCUUCUCUGUACUCAGUGGAACCCAGAAGCUCGCCCCUGCAUAAGGCAAGUCACGAGGUUCCUUAAUGGAGAAGACCCACUGCCAGCACUGGAGCCAUGGGCUGGCUAUCAAGCUCUGUUCGAGUCUAGUUCAAGAUCCAUGGCUAAGGAGGUUUCAACAAUGUGGAACAGUCCUUCGUCCAUGUCGGUCGGCCCCAUCUCUUCUGCCUCCAUAAAUAUAGGAAGAUAGUUCGUUUCUGUCUUUAUUUUAGAACCCAUACUUCAUGAUGUUAUAACAAUUUUGAUUAUUUUAUUUGUAAUUAAAUAUUAUCGAAUAUUAUGUAAUGAGUUUGU